ACCAUAACAACUGUGUAUGCACGUGACAGAUCAUGAUGUCGAAGUUUAGCUUUGGACAGUAUAUUUUUAGUCGAUUGACUAUUUUGUUCUGUUACACAGUGACAGUGGUGAUUGUUGAUGCAUCUGAAUGUAUUAAAGUUAAUAACUGCAAAUGUUCAACCAGCACUCGUACGAUAGAUUUUUCGUCAUUAAAUGGUGUUGGAAAUAAACCAAGAUUCAGCAUUCCAGAUCCUGAUGUUACGAGACCCUACAUUUACAACUACAACCCAUGCAAGGCCUUCAUCAGCCCAGUUAGUGGUUGCAUGGAUACCAAAGAUAUCACUGUUAAUCAACAAACAAAAGCCAUUCCACCAUUUUGUUUUCCAUUGGGCACACUGAGCUCUCUGAAAUUUCAUGGAGAUCCUGACCAAGGAACACUCCAAAUACAAUACACUCAACAAGUUCCAAAACCAAGAAUAGUCAGAGUAAAUGUUCGUUGUUCUAACAGUGAGACUUCUCUUCAAUUUAAGGGUGAAGAGCCUAACCUUAACUAUAAAUUUGACCUGCUCACCAACCUCGUGUGUCCUGUGACUAGCACCAGUCUUAGCACUGGAUCCAUCCUUGUUAUCAUAUUUGUUCUUGCUGUGAUCAUUUAUUUUGUCGGUGGCAUUCUUUUUUUUAAAUUUGUGCGCAAAGCUGAAGGUGUAGAGAUGGUACCAAAUCUUUCAUUCUGGACGGAACUUCCUCUUCUAAUACGUGAUGGGAUCUAUUUUGUAUUCCGUGGAUGUAAAGUGCAAACUCAUUAUGAGAAGAUCUGAUGACAAUCUUGGUGUGACUGGCCUUAUAAAGUGUACAUGAUUUAAUAUUUUUAUACAAAACCUUUUAUGUAUAGAUCUGGUUCAACCAUUUUUUUAAUAUUCUUUGAUAUCUGUCUGUUACAAUUUAUCAUUGAAUGCAUUUAUCUAUCAGUCGAUGUAGCUAUCGCUUUUCAUGUAAAGCAGGGCUAGCUUUGCCACUUGCGAAUUGUAUUUUAAUUUGGCGAAAAAAGUUCAGGUAAUAAUUGAUGUUUUUCUUUUUUUUUUUUAGAUAAUUUGUCGAAAUGUUUUACUCAUCCAGAGCUAGCCAUGUAUAGAUCUGAUAUUGUCCCAACAGCACAUUUAUAUACUGUACGUAAACAGUAGUUUGCACUUUGUGGCUGUCGAAUGUUUCUCUCUCAUUUAUAUACUGUACGUAAACAGUAGUUUGCACUUUGUGGCUGUCGAAUGUUUCUCUCUCUUUUGUUUUUUGCAGGGUAAGAAAUCAUUUAAAAAAAAAAAAAUGUAUUAAUUUGUUUGUUAGUCUUAAGAUUAUAGAUUAUAUACAUGUAUUUGUUAUUUUAUAAAUUAUCCUAAUGUAAUUCACUCGUUGAUACACAAGUCAGUCACGGUUCGAGAUUUAUUCCCUAGGUUAGUUUCAUUGUAACACACUCUUUUUAUUUUAACCUCUUCCAUCGGGGAAUAAAUCUUGAACCUUGAUUGCCUUGUCGUUUUUCAACGAGUGUUAAACUGACAUCAGCCAAAUCACAUCUCACCUUUAUAAAGUUUCAAGGUGAGAUACAUUUUAAGUUAUUUUCCGGGAGUGGUAGUUUUAUUCAGCUCUACGUUAAAGUUUUAUCUCUUUAUCUCUGUUACUUACAAACUAUAAUGAAACUUUUAAGUCACAGUUACACCUGUAAAUGCAGGCAUCGAAAUAAAGUCGAGAACGAUCAUUUAGGUUACAAGGAGGUUACCACAUGUCAAGAAUGCUAGGCCUACUUUUGAUCUCCACAAUUAAAUUUUUUUCAACAAAAAUAUUACUUCGUAAAUUAUGGUCAGUUGUGUGUUGUUUAAAUAUAAAUUACACAUCUAUACAUGUAUAUCAGUGAAAAGAGAACAGUUUAGUGAAUAAAUAACAAAGUAUUAGCAUAUUCUGAAGGGAUUAUACUAUAGUGUAAACUUAAUAAAUGUGUCAUAACCUAUGUGUUACCAGGUCCGUAAUUUGUGGUAACUUGUACCUGGGUUAUCAGGCACUGAGCUUAUUUCAAUGCCUGUACAGUACAGUAAAGUACACUCGGGACUACUGCAUACAACAAAUUGAUUGUAAAGUCUUGUUUUUACACGCUAUAUAUUAUCAAUAAAUUUUAAUGUAAAGAACGAACUAUGCAUAACAAAUUAACUUUUUAAACAACUAAAUAGUUUGUCCCAAAUUGUGAAGUUCAGUGUAAAUUAGUGACUAUGCAACGAACCGAACAUAAAUGAAAGGUUACUUAAAGCAAAACCUGCAGUGCAUCAAACAAGACAACACAGAACAGAUCACACGGUUACAGCUGUAUAGUCCGAAGGUUCAGUGGUCUGAAGGUUCAACACUAACCCUAGGUUCAGUAGACCGAAGGUUUAUAGACCUAACCCCGGACUAUUGUACCUUCGGACCAUUGAACCUUCGGACUAUAGAGCGAUCCCCGUUUGUUUUUACAUAGAGUGGUGUUAAUUAAGGGAUUAAGUUAUUGAACAAUAACAGAACAUCCUCACUUCACAGCACUACAGGCCAAGAUGACAAGCGACAUUAUUAAGACAUUAAAAGUUGAACACUAAUUUCCAACUUGGAGGCAGUUACCAUGGCUCAUUGUGUACAGGUCAAGUGUUUUGCAAAGGAUAGCUUCAAAAGUAUAAUUUCUUGUGAAAAUCAACAAAGUUCAAACCAUGUACUUCAUAAAAUAUAGAGUAAACUGGCGACCUCGGUUUCAUAUGUUAUCACGCUGAACGAUCAAGGAAUUAUCUCCGCUGAGGAGCCGAUAUACAUGAUAUUGUUCGACAAAUUAUUGUCAAACAAAAUGACCAUAACCCUGAUAAUGAAAGACUUUUUUACAAGUUAUGAAGCCACCGCUAAGUAAGCAGACAAAAACAAAUUAGUUUUCAAAAAUAAUAAUAAAAACUGAUUAACUGACCUUUUGAUUUGAAGUUCUGUUAUGCAUUUUCGUUCUUUAUUGUUGACAAUAAAUUGUGCUAAAAUUUCUGUAUGCUAUAUUAUGUAACCUGUUUUAAAUUUGAAAAAUCCAAUAUGGCCGACUGGAAAUGAAAACGGCCAACUUCUUCAAAUGUGUACAACGAACUACUACUAUAACGAACUUAUUACCAUGGUCCCUUCCAGUUCCCUUGAUGUUGCUGUGGUGAAAUGGUCCACCAAUGGCUAUAUUCUGGUCCCUUCCAGUUCCCUUGUUGCAGUGGUGAAAUGGCCUGCUUAUGGCAUUUUUUAAAAUGACUUUUGCAGCAAAUAAAUAUGAUUGAAAGAUA